AUGUCGGAAUCACUUUCGCGUUUGCAUUUUCUCUUCCUGCUCUUACUCUGUUGUGUCUCCCCUUCAAGCUUCUAUACUUUACAAAAUCCUGUUGUUGGCCUUGUUUCAUGUCACCACCACAAGAUUCAAGCCUUCACGCAGUUCAUGAACGAGUUUGACACCCGUGGUUGCAACCACAAUGACUCUUUUAAUGGAGUAUGGUGCGAUAAAUUGACGGGUGCGGUCACGAAGCUACAGCUCAGGGAUUGUCUCAGUGGAACUCUGAAGCCAAACAGUAGCCUCUUUGGGUUUCAUCACCUCCGUUAUCUUGAUCUCUCUCAAAACAAAUUCACCUCCGCUAAACUCCAUUCCGAGUUUGGCAAUCUCGACAAAUUAGAGGUUUUAUCUCUUUCCUUUAAUGGCUUCCGUGGCCAAGUUCCUUCCUCAUUUAGUAACCUAAACAUGCUAUCCAUUUUAGACCUUUCCCAUAACGAGCUCACCUGUAGUUUUCCACUUGUCCGAAACCUAAGCAAGCUCUCCUAUUUAGACCUUUCCCAUAACGAGCUCAUCGGUAGUUUUCCACUUGUCCGAAACCUAAGCAAGCUCUCCUAUUUAGACCUUUCCCAUAACGAGCUCAUCGGUAGUUUUCCACUUGUCCGAAACCUAAGCAAGCUCUCCUAUUUAGACCUUUCCUAUAAUCACUUGUCUGGAAAACUGAAUUCCAACAAUAGCCUCUUUGGGCUGCACCACCUUCGUUACCUUGAUCUUGGUUUCAACAACUUCAGUUCCUCACUCCCUUCCGAAUUUGGCAAUCUCAACAAAUUAGAGGUCUUUACUCUUACCUCUAAUGACUUUUCUGGUAGAAUUUUCCCCACAAUUAGUAACUUGACCCGGUUAAUUGAGUUGCGCCUUGACCUAAAUAAGUUCACUGGUAGUUUCCCACCUGUACAAAAUCUAACUAAGCUCUCCAUUCUAGCACUUGGAUAUAAUCAAUUCACCGGGACCAUUCCUUCGUACCUCCUCACUUUGCCUCUCUUAUCAGUUCUUGAUUUGCGAGAUAAUCAUCUCUUUGGUUCUAUUGAAGUUUCUUCUAACUCCUCAACCUCAUCCAGGCUCGAGGUCAUGUUGAUUGGGGUUAACCAAUUUGAAGGAAAAAUCCUAGAGCCUAUCUCAAAGCUCAUUAACCUCAGGGUGCUCGACCUCUCUUUCCUAAACACCAGCUACGUGAUUGAAUUAAACCUCUUAUCUUCUCUCAAAUCUUUGGUGAAUUUCGGUAUUUCGGGCAGCAGUAUAUCUCAGGCCAGUUUGAGGUCAGAUUCAAGCAUCCCGUUGACCAUCGAGUCGUUGGAAUCAAAGGGAAAAUCCCUGAGUGGUUAUGGAGCCUUCCUCGUCUCAGCAUAG